AUGCCUUCAACGUCUACUAUCAACAUGUUAGAAGACAAUAUUCUAAUUGAGAUCGACGGUGUCGGCUCGAUGUGGGACACCUAUUGUCUUGGUCUAAAUGUGGUCACUCCUGGCUUCAAGCGAGUUGUUUUUCGGUUUAGAAACAUCGACAAGGCCCUUCAGGUGGAAGAAACCACUGUAAAGUGCGAGGAGGUGGACAGUGUGAAGAUUGAGAAGGACGAUCACGAUCAGGUUCAACUCGACGAGGAUUCUGUGACUGUGUCUCCAUGUAACCUCCUGACUCGACGCUGCGAUAAUCCAAAUGCAAGCCCAACCAACCCGCAUGCACCGUGGCGCUAUUCAGUGCGACCGUUUGAUCGGUCCGACAUCGCUACCAAAAGGAAGGUGCUGCAUCAAGACAUCAACGACUAUCCCUCCAAGCGUCGUAAAUUCUAA